UCGUCCUCCUCCUGCACUUCACUCCCCUCCCACUACUGUCGAUCUCAUCUCAAAUCCCCAAACCCCCUCUUCUUCCCCAUCCCCACAGCGCGUCCGUCGCAAUCGCCCCCCGAAUCCUGCGGUUAUUCCUCCCAGAUUGAUUCCCUCACUCCUUCCAUCCCGCCUCCUUCCAAUUCCGCAAGCAGACCAAAUCUUGUUUGUUUUUUCCAUUGGAGAGGGAAAAAUUAUAUUUUCCCAAUCUUGUUUUCUCAGUCCUGUCUUUGUCCGGUCGUCCUAGCUUCCAUCGCCAUUGGCAGCCGCACGGUCCCGGUCCAGGUCCAGGCCCCCGCCUGCUCCGUUGGGAGCUAAUACCCCCGGGUGCCGGGUGGUAAAUGCGCGUCCUUGCAGAGGAUCCCUCCCACGGUUGGGGCGCUGCGAAUCUCGUCCUUGUUCCCCCGAGUUAAAGAGGCAGUGAUAAUCCUCGUAUGAGGAUGAGGAUGGGGAGGAGAGGGAGAUCAUCGUCCUCCUGACUUCUUCUUCUUCUUCCUUUCCUGGGUUUGCUUGGUUUCUCCGCUGCCGGUGCCGCGUCAAUCUUGGUCGGCGGCGGCGGAGAAUGGGUGUCUUGGUCUGCGUCUGCCUACCCCUCGUACUACUCCAAGUGCUGCUGGUCCUGGGCUCGUCUCCCCUGGCGGCGGCGCAGCAGCAGCCGCAGCCGGCUUCCGCGCCGCCGGCGAGGGCCCUGGACGCGGUGCUGCAGGAGUACGCGUACCGGGCGCUCGUGCGGCGUCCGCGCACCGGCCUCGUUUACAAUGGCACAGUGCCCGGCAACCUCACCGGCGUCGCCGUCUCCGCGGUCCGCCUCCGCAGCGGCAGCCUCCGGAGGAAGGGCUUCGCCGAGUACUUCCAGUUCGCGCUGCCCACCGGCGUCGUCGUCAAGCCGCACGUGGAGAGGACGGUGCUCGUCUACCACAACCUCGGCAAUUGGUCCGAGUACUACUACCCGCUGCUCCCUGGGUACUCGUACCUGUCGCCGGUGCUUGGCCUGCUUGCCUAUGACGCCGCCAACCUGUCCGCGGCGGGGUUGCCGGAGCUCAACAUUGUCGCGACACAGAGUCCGAUUCUCGUAAGUUUCAGCAAUGUCAGGGCGGUGGUGGCAGGCGGUCCACCGCCACGGUGUGUGUGGUUUGAUCUGGAUGGGGUGCCACAGCUCCAGGACCUAGAGGCAAGCAAUGUGUGUUCGACAAAUCACCAUGGGCACUUUGCGAUAGUCGCGAACUCUAGCGAGCUUGCUCCUGCUCCGGUGCCAUCAGCCGCGAUCGCCCCGCCGGUACCGGCUGAUGGAAGUCCUGCUAAGGGUAGCUCGCAGGGGUGGAAGAUUGCCGUCAGCGUGGUGGGGAGCGCAAUAGCGUUGGGGCUGUUGGCCACACUUCUUCUGUGUCUGGUGAGGUACAAAAAGGUUAAGAAGUUGGAGGUGAUGGAACGGAAUUCAGAGGUUGGGGAGACGUUGCGAAUGGCGCAAGUUGGGCGGACGCAAGCACCUGUAGCAUUGUGGACAAGGACGCAGCCGGUGAUCGAGAGCGAGUAUACUGCAUAGUUGUUUCGGGGUUUUCUGCACAGUUCAGGCGGCACCAACAAGGCUCGAUGGUGAUGCCCGGAGACAUGAAAUUUGUCCAUCAGCUGGUUGAAGGUACCGAGCGUUCCAUCGAUGAGGUGCUGCGAAUUGCUAGAUUCAGAGCUCAGGUUCUGCCCUUGCUGGUUCAAGACAUUCUUUUGGUGAGUUUGUUUCGAAGGUUAUUUGUUAUGCGAUGGCUAUUGUUGGUGUUCAUAGUUACCAUGUUCAUAACAAGGUGCUCCAUUCAUCUCCAAAACAAUGGAGAAGUGAAUUCAUCAAGUCAGAUUUGGAAUCCCUGGAUGAAUUUUGGGUUGCUGUAUUCUAAAGGAAGUAGGUUAGCAUUAAGACCGGGGUAACAUUCACUGCCAAUGACAUGGUGGUGUUUCAUUGAAAUUCGUUAAGACUGAACUCAAUUCCAUUUUUGCGCCGUUUGGCUUGAGCUGUUUAGACACCUGUUAAGAUGAUGUACAUGUCGGUUUGGUAAUUAGCCUGACAAUUUAGAUUUCACUGUGACUUGUUUUAGCAUCCAAUCUGUAUGCAGUGAGAAUUUUCCAUUUCUUUCAUGUAACAUGUCUAGUCGUGCAUUAUGUUGAUGAUUUGGCGUUAUGGUCUCUUUCCAAAUUAACAUGAAACUCUAGAUUUA